CAUCCAGCUUUUCUUCCCUCCCAAGAGACCAGCAGGGAAGGCUCAGUAUAAACAGCAGCCACCGCUCCCUGGCAGGCAGGGACCUGCAGCUCAGCUACAGCACAGAUCAGCACCAUGAAGCUUCUCACGGGCCUGGUUUUCUGCUCCUUGGUCCUGGGUGUCAGCAGCUGAAGCUUCUUUUCGUUCCUUGGCGAGGCUUUUGAUGGGGCUCGGGACAUGUGGAGAGCCUACUCUGACAUGAGAGAAGCCGAUUACAUCGGCUCAGACAAAUACUUCCAUGCUCGGGGGAACUAUGAUGCUGCCAAAAGGGGACCUGGGGGUGCCUGGGCUGCAGAAGCGAUCAGCGAUGCCAGAGAGAAUAUCCAGAGAUUCUUUGGCCAUGGUGCGGAGGACUCGCUGGCUGAUCAGGCUGCCAAUGAAUGGGGCAGGAGUGGCAAAGACCCCAAUCACUUCCGACCUGCUGGCCUGCCUGAGAAAUACUGAGCUUCCUCUUCACUCUGCUCUCAGGAGAUCUGGCUGUGAGGCCCUCAGGGCAGGGAUACAAAGCGGGGAGAGGGUACACAGUGGGUAUCUAAUAAAUACUUAAGAGGUGGAA